AUGUUGUCUAAUAUUACAAAGAGAUCAAUCUCUUCUAUUUUCGGUAGAACUACCGUAUCUCCAUUUACUGGUGCUCUUAACUAUUCAACAGCAGCUGACAAGAAUGGUAUGAAUCAAAUCAAACGAAAAUUAGAAUCGAAUCUAUUGAAUCAAAAUAUUAAAUUGAAUCAAGAUAUACAGCAGCAGCAACAACAACGACAAUAG